UUUGGCUCAAAAUGGCGUAUAGAUUGUUUAUAAAUAAUAAAAGUAAAAAACACAAAAUAACUCUGUAGUAAAAUUCGAUUAUGCUUUAAAUAAAUAUAGAAAAUAAAAACAAAAAUUGAGCAAUAUAAUGGAUACAUCAUACGAAUCAAUAAAGGUCAAUCUUGACGUUAAUCCUAAUGAUUUGCUGGACAAUGCACCAGAAAAAAUUGUCAAUUUGUUAAUUGGCGUAUCUCAGAGGGCUGAAAAAUGUUUUGAUUUUCAAAUAAGCGCAUGGUUAGAAAAAUAUGAAACAGUGCGUAAACAACCUAAUUUUGCAGAAGCAGGAUUACUAAUUUAUUCCGCAAGUCAAAUAUAUUCAAGAAAAAUGAAUUUUUUCGAAAAAAUGGUGUACCAACUUGCAGCCAACUCAAAAAACAAGGAAGACUAUAAAGAUAUAGAUCAAACAAAUAUGGUUUCUCGUAGAGGAAAUAAACUCCGCAAUAGUACUAUUGUUGACAGCUUGGAUGAGGCUGAAUUUUUUGUUCGAGAGUUUGAUCAUGUUCCAAAUGUCAAGUUUACUGAAUUGAUAAAAAAGAAAAAUUUUGAGUUUAAUAGUUACUGGGAAAAGUUUAAACAUUCUCAGUGUCGUUUCUUAAAAAACAAAAAAAAUAAACUAUUUAUUUCGAAAAAGAACUCAAUAGAUAACUCAGAACUAAUUGUAACAAAUGCCGGUCUUGAAAAAAAUCAUAUUUGCGACUAUGAUGGAGAAGAUAUAGUUGGGACCAAAGCUGACUUUCGAUGUUUCUCAUACAUCUUUAAUGAUAAAUUUCAACUCGUUUCGGAUUAUAACUUUAAUCGGUAUUUCAAGCAAGUUGAUUUAGUUAAUGAAAUGCAUAAACAUCAGCAAGAAGUACAAAGCAAGAUAAAAAGAAAAGACUACAUAAGAUUCAAGUUUUAUAUUUCAAAUGAUUACUUAAAGAAUACUUAUGACAUUGAACUGACGAAAAAUAUCAAUGGAGAAAUGGAGUGUAAUCAUUCUACCGACUUGAACAUUACAGAUUUGGUCAAUUCUAAAUCCACAACUGAAUCCGCGUCUUAUGACUUAAAUACAAGUGCGAAAAGCAGUGUGGCAUGUGAUUCUGCAUAUCAAAGUGUGUUAUCGACUAAUUAUACGUUAGAUCGAAGAACAACUGAAAAAAACGAUUUCUUUAGUGCUAGCAUUUUUGGAGAGAACUCAGAUAAGGAGUUAACAGAAUGUAAUCUCCAUGAUGAACAUGAUGAGGGUAUAUCCAUAAGAUCGUUUUCAAUUCAAUCUCCUAUCAACAUGUCUGAAACUGGGUCAGAAAUAAACUUAGAUAUGGUAUACAAUCUUCAAAGUUCAAUUCAAAAAGUAGAUCAGAGUCUUAAUAUUUUUAGAAACACACAAAAUUUAUUCUGGAUUGAUCCCGUGUAUUUGGAACACAAAGAAAAUUUUGAAAUACCUAUAAAUUUUUUAGUACAGAAAGUAAAUUUAGAUAUCAAUUUCCUUCGCUUGCCCGACAGAAAAUUAAAACGAAAAUGUAUUUUUGCACUCCCUCCCGAUGAUUUUAAACUGCGCUGUAUUUACAUAAAACUGCCAGUAGAAUCAUCAAAAUCAAGAGUCAAUAAAGGUCAACAUUCACAAUUAAGAACUACAAAUGAUUCGAUACACUCCAGUUCAAAUGUUAGCGACACAGAAGAUUUUUAUGGAUUCGAAGAAUUAAAUUCAUUGUUAGAAUUCAACCAGAAUAUAAUGGAAACCAAUACAUCUACGCCUAAUAAGAAAGUCUCUUAUGACGCUUCUCAAACAAUUAAAGAAAUUCCAUCUAUUAAUGAUUCACAAAGUCUAAUCACUGACGAUGAAGAUAUUGAAAAAUCGAAAAAUGAUAAUAACCUUAGUACACCUGAACGGAUACGAAGAAUAAAUUCAGCUAGGGUAUCUCGUGAUUCUGGAGUUGUGUCUCCCGAACCCAAUUCACUUACAAUUACAAUGUCUGAAAACGAAAAUAAAUCAGAUUUUUGCUUUGACCUACAGCAUAAUAACUCGGAUAAUACUUCUGUAAUCAGGAAUAAGCAUCAAUAUCAGGAACAAAUAUCAUAUAUUCAAACUUUAAUUGAAAAGGUGAAUCGUUGGCAUCAGUACCUUAAACCUAUUUUAAAAGCCUCAGAGGAUCGCAGUUCAUUUGAUAUUCAUGAAUAUGGAACUGAAGUAUUACAUACAUUUACAGGAGACAGAGAGGAAAUUACAUUUGCUAAUGUUAUGAUUAAUAAGCCGGAUGAUCAAUUUGCAAGAUAUUUUCUUGCAACCUUGAUGUUGGUCAAUACUGGAAACUUGUUAUUGACCAACAAAAAUAUGGACGUUGAUCGAGUCUCCGAAUCCAAUGAAAUACAUUUGCAACUAAAAAGUCAUGAACGUUUUUAUGAAAAAACUCAAAACACACAUGUGCCUUGUAUUAUUCAAACAAGUGGCACAACAAAUAAGAAGCGAAAGUUCGAAGUCGAUAACACAUCAAUAGAAUUGAAAAAAUGUAAAAAAGAUAUUUAGACUUCAAAUAUAUUUAUUUGAUUUUGAAUGUAUUUAUUUGAGCGCUCCAAAUAAAAUUAUAAUAUGAAA